AUGGACUCCCUCUUCGGCACCCGGUACCACACCGUGGGCGCCGAGCUGCAGCUGCCCCGCAAGGUUCCCAUGCGGGUAGAGCCCAAGUCCUUCUUCGCCAACGAGCGCACGUUCCUUUCGUGGUGCAGCAUGGCGACCACCAUGGGCGGUGUGUCGUCGGCGAUGGUGGGCCUGACCUUCUCGCGCUCCGGCGGCACCGAGGGCCGUGUCAUCAGCGCGCGGACGGUCGACAUGGUGUCUGCGGUGUACGUCCCUCUGGCCAUCCUGAUGGUCGCGUAUGCGCUGUUCAUGUACAACUCGCGCAGCAGCUUCAUGCGGAAGAAGCAGGUCGGCUUCUUUGACGACACCGUCGGCCCCAUCACCCUGGCCGUCAUCACGCUCAUCACCCUGGUGGCCAUCACGGUCAUGGCCUUCAUCGAUGUCGUGUUGUAG